GGUACCACUUAGUCUAUAUAUAUAUAUUUUUUUUACCUUUUAAAGCAUUUAGCUUGAGCGCACAAGUUCCUGAGAUCUCACGGUGUGUUCCUCACCAUGAUGCUGUUUUGUUUCCUACAUUUCAGUUCACCACCUGAAAAAUAAAGAUAGCACUGCCUGGUACACUUUGCUCCUCACCUCAUGGCUUCCAACCUCAGUACUUCUGUCUGCUUUUGUUCAUCACCCUCUGUUCUGUGGGGGUUCAGCUCUCCCCGGAGAAUCCAGCGCUGGUCUCUGAGAAGCAAGAGCUUGGCCCACCAACUCCGAGCUGUAGGCCAUUAACCUCAGCAUCCUAAUUCAGUGCCAACUGUGGGAGGAUGAGUCAAGAGGGCAACUCAAGUGAUCGGCCUGCUGGCCAAGACCCGCUGCUACUGCUGAAAACCCUCCAGCUUCUCUGGACAAAGAAAGAGAUGAAGAAGCUCAAGGAAGAAAUCAGGCGGGGCUUUGCGGGACUGGAGGACCCACUGGCAGGGCUGCUGGACAUGCUGGAGAGCAGCGGUGAUUGGAAGGGGAAAGGGCAUUCCCUCGGGUAUUGCAUCAGCAGUGAGCUGCAGCUUUGGAUGAAAGAGCAUCCUGCUGUUCAACAGUCUGGCAUGAAGCUGAAGAAGCUGCAGGCCCGUGUAUUCAGAAUACUAGACCAGUGCCCAGCUAAUCUUCUUGACCCUCUGAUUAGCAUUUACCAGCUCCAUACAGCAGACCGGAACUAUUUGCUUGGACACGUCAGUCAUCUUUAUCACAGGGGCGAUUACAAAGAGGCAGCCAUCCUGAGUAUUAAGCUAAAACUACAGUCAGAUCAAGAUGUGGAGAAGAUGUGUGCACCGCUACUGUUUCAAGACAAAAUUAACCUGGUUGAAGAUUAUGUGGGAGAACAUCCUGAGCUCCAGUGCAGGCUCUUACAGAUCCUGGACACCUGGUGUGAACCUGAUUUUAAUAUCAGAGAUAUGGCAAGACAGUAUCAAGGUCUGUCCAGGUACAAGCCAGAUAAACUGAACCGCAAAAUGCUGAGCAAGCUGAUCUUCAGACUCCUGGAGCGAUUUAACGUAGAUCCAGCUCUCUGUCCUAAUGUCAUAAAUCAGCGGCACUUGAGAACUCUGAAUUAUCUCUUUUACAAGAGGUUUGUGGAGAAAACCAUGACUCAGGAGAAUUGGACAGAUCACGUCCAGAGCACAGUUGGAGAGAAUCGAUGGCUUCAGGGGCACCUGAUACAGUUGCUGCUCAGAUACUGUGAUCUGAACGCAGCAGCAAGAUGGGCACAACACUGCAAUUUGCCUGAGGAGAUGCUGCCUUCUGAAGUGGCUGAUGAGCUUCAAAAGCUUGAGAUCCAAGAGAGGGUAGAAGAGGCAACCAAAGAAGAGAAUUACAAAGAGGUUAAGAAGAAGGAUUAUUACCAGCUUCCUAUUCCACGUGCGAAUAUUCACUUACUGCAGAAUUGGGAAGAUAUGAUGCAAUGCUGUGAAAAGGUGCUGCAGCCUGGGCAGAUUGUUGGCAUUGACAUGGAGUGGAGGCCUUCGUUUGGCACGGUCGGGAAGCCCCGCGUCUCCCUCCUUCAACUCGCUGUGAGGGAUGAGGUGUUCCUGCUCGAUUUGCCACGGCUCCUUGAGCAAGCUGAAGUCAAGGGUGAGAAAGAGAAGCUUCCCCAUAUCAUCCAGAGGCUCUACUCAGAUGCAGCCAUCACUAAACUAGGUUAUGGGAUGUCUGGAGACCUUAGCAGCCUUGCAGCCACAUGCUCCACUUUGAAAGGCAUGGAUAAGCAGUCACAAAGCGUAGUGGACCUACUCACAAUAGACAAACUACUGCAAAAGAGCUCCAUUGACUGGAAGAAGGGCAGCCUGAAGGUCGAUGCGCUGCCCCCAGAGCAGAGCUGUGAGGAUGAAGGGCUCAGGCAGCCAGAAAAAGGGCUCAGCCUCCUGGUGCAACACAUCCUGGGAAAACCACUAGAUAAAACAGAGCAGAUGUCUAACUGGGAGAAACGACCACUGCGGGAGGAACAGAUCCUCUAUGCAGCUUCAGAUGCAUACUGCUUGUUGGAGGUCUAUGAGAAACUGUGUAAGGAUCCAGAAAGCUUUGGUCUGAGUUCAGACCUGACUGAAAGUCUGGUGGGAAAAGCAAGUGUAAAACCCAGGGCAAAGAAGCAGCUGAAUAAACAAGAGGUACCGUCACCUUCUGGACAGCAAUGCAGAGGAUCUGACAAAGAGAUCUCACGUCCCCCUGCUCCCAUCUCCUCAAAGGAGUUCAGCGUGGUCUGUGAUAACAUGCUGCAGGGCCUUGGGCGCUAUCUCCGCUGCCUUGGUGUGGACGUCCGGAUGCUGGAGAAUGAGGAUGACCAUAGGAAAGCUGCUGAGAUUGCCAGACAGGAGGGAAGGGUCAUUUUAACCUCUGGACUCCCAUAUCAGACUCUGCAGUCCCAGGUGGGGGAAGGAAGGUGCUUCUCUGUGAACUGCUCGGAAAAGGCCAAGGAGCAGGCGCUGCAGGUGCUGAAGCACUUCAAUGUUCGCGUGACGCUGGCGGACAUCUUCAGCCGCUGCCAGGUGUGCAACUGUGACAAAUACCUGAAGGUCCCAAAGGAGAGGAUGAGGCAGCUGGUAGAGGGCAGCAGGAACUCGCUGGGGGACAACAGCACAGGCUGCCCGACGUCGUGCGAGGAGAAGCCCGGCCGGACCCGCAGCUCUGCUCAGCCCACCGGCACCACAGCGGGAGAGCAGCUGGAGAGCACGGGGUCGUGUGGAGCAGAUGUGGGGCUGGUGGGGGGCACAGCCCUGCAGGUGGCUGCCAUCCCCCCCGGGGUGCUGGACAAAGCUGAGCUCACUGACUUCUACUGCUGCACGCGCUGCGGGAAGGUGUUCUGGGAAGGCUCUCAUUUUGGACGCGUCGUCUCACAGUUUCAGGACAUUCUGGUCACCACGGGGGAUGAGCAGCGUGUCUAUGAGCUGAGCUGAGGGCAGCAAGGGGCUUGGGAUGGCUCAGCAGCAGGAUGGGGACUGCAGGGAUGAGCUCCCCUAUGAGCUCGGGCAGGUCUGCGGGGAGUGGGCUUGGGUUUGCGGUGUAAGGCUGGACAGCAGGCUCGUGUUUUGGGGUCUGCGGGGUAGGGGGCUCUCAUGUUUGCACUGAUGUGGUGACGGUUGGCAACACGACCUCCGUGGGAGCAUUAAAUCAGAGGCACCUGGGGAAUGGAUCUGUUGCUUUAUUUCUGCCUCUCUCCAGGCUGGGCACGGCAAGAGGAUUGCAGAGCUCUCCCAAAUGUCACCAGGUGCUGCUGCCCCCAUGGCACCCGUCGGUGCCCAGCAUGUCACCCCGGAGAGGUGUGUCCCUGUCCAGCAAAGCCCCUCUGCUCUCCAUGGGAGGAUCACUGAGGGAGGUCUCUGCUCUGUGCCCCCUUCCAGCUGCUGCCCCCAAGAUCAAGAAAGCGCCUCCA